AAAUUUAGUAGUGUGUGUGGGUGCGCAGUGCAGUCCUUCCGUCUAGCUGUCAACGGUUCGCUGUUGUCGGAAAGCGAGUGCGAAUCUUCCAAAAAUGAUUUAUAAUUUAUUAAUUUUCUCUUAACCUAGAGUUAUGUAUGACUAUACCAAUACCUCCGAAGAUAUAUCACUAUCUUGUUGUUUAACAAGUACUUACGCAGACGAUAGACACUAUGCAGUGUCAUCCACCGUUGGAAUUAGAGGAAUUACCAAAAGAAGACGAAGAAAGACUAGAAAAAGUGUUCGCUAAAUUAGACAUCGACGGAAAUGGGAAGAUCGACAUCCAUGACCUGUCGGUCGCGCUCAAGGAGCUGGCUCCACACAUUAACCGAAGUUAUGCAGAGAAAUUCCUGGCAAAGUCCGGCGGCAAGGAUGCCGGCGACAUCACGCUCUCUGAGUUCAUACACUACGUGCGCGAGCACGAGAAGAACCUGCGGCUGCAGUUCUCCCAUCUCGACAAGAACCAAGAUGGGAAAGUGGACCUGGAGGAGCUCAUAUCUGCAUUUGCCGAUCUCGGGAUAGCCGUCGGAAGGAACGAAGCCACCAACCUGCUAAAAAGGAUGGACCAGGACGGCAGUCUGAAUAUCAGCUACGACGAAUGGCGGGACUACUUGCUGCUGGCUCCGGCCACCGACAUCCACGCCUUGAUCAACUUCUGGAGGCAUUCUACUUAUCUGGACAUCGGGGAGGACAUGAACGUACCCGACGACUUCACACAAAGCGAACUCCAGACGGGCAAGUGGUGGCGCCAUCUGCUGGCGGGUGGCAUCGCCGGAGCGUUCAGUCGGACCUGUACGGCGCCUCUGGACCGACUUAAAGUUUUCCUGCAGGUGAAUCCAACAAGAGAAGGCAUGAGCAAGUGCUUAGCGCGAAUGAUAAGCGAGGGCGGCAUCACCGGUCUUUGGCGGGGAAACGGCAUCAACGUCAUUAAAAUAGCGCCAGAAUCCGCAAUCAAGUUCGCCGCCUACGAGCAAGUCAAGCGUCUAAUACUCGGCGACAGAAAGAACCAGCCUCUAGAGAUAUAUGAGCGAUUCGCCGCCGGCGCUACAGCCGGGGCAAUCAGCCAAACAGUCAUUUACCCACUAGAGGUCCUCAAAACGCGACUAGCGCUGAGAAAAACCGGCCAGUACAGCGGCAUUAUGGACGCCGCGCGCAAAAUAUACGCUCGCGAGGGGCUCAGAUGCUUCUAUAAAGGCUACAUUCCAAAUAUCCUGGGGAUCGUGCCGUACGCCGGGAUAGACUUGGCGGUCUACGAGACGUUGAAGAAGAAGUACAUAAAUAAGUAUCAUCACAACGGGCAGCCGGGAAUGCUGCUGUUGCUGGCGUGCGGCAGUGCGUCGUGCACGCUGGGGCAGGUGUGCUCGUACCCCCUGGCGCUCGUGAGGACUAGGUUGCAGGCGCAAGAAAAAGCAGCAAAAGUAGCCGAAGGCACGAUGCGCGGCGUGUUCAAAGACAUCGUCCAACGGGAAGGCGUCCGCGGGCUGUACCGCGGUAUCACCCCUAACUUCAUCAAGGUCAUCCCAGCCGUCUCCAUCUCCUACGUCGUUUACGAGUACGCCAGUCGAUCCCUAGGCGUCAAUAUGACGUGAUCACGCAUGGAACGUUAUUAUUGAGUUAUCACUUAAGCAUAUUAGCAAAUUUUGCAUUUGAUUGUAUAUAGCUGUAUGUAAGUCUUAUUUAUUCUAUGUAUGUGACAUAUUCCAUUUUUGAGUACGCAUCGUGCUAUGAUGAGUUAAUGAUUGCAUUUUGUCCGGCCCGGUUGGGUAGCAUCUGUGAUUAUAAUAAAUAACGUAAUUUUUUUUA